GUCAAUGUUUCUCUCCCACUACAGGACAAAUGGGAACGGCUGGCUGAUCAGGACUCCUCUAUAGAGAUCUUUCAACAUAUCUCCUUAAUGACCCUAGACACUGUCAUGAAAUGUGCCUUCAGCCACAAGGGCAGUGUUCAGGUAGAUGGAAAUUACAAGACCUACCUCCAGGCCAUUGGGGACUUGAAUAACCUAUUCCACUCCCGUGUGAGGAAUAUCUUUCAUCAGAAUGAUACCAUCUACAAACUUUCUUCCAAUGGCCGCUUGUCCAAACAAGCUUGUCAACUUGCCCAUGAUCACACAGAUGGAGUGAUCAAGCUAAGAAAGGAUGAGCUGCAGGAUGAGGGAGAACUGGAAAAGAUCAAGAAGAAGAGGCGUUUGGAUUUUCUGGAUAUCCUCUUAUUUGCCAGAAUGGAAAAUGGGGACAGCAUGUCUGACAAGGACCUACGUGCUGAGGUGGACACAUUCAUGUUCGAGGGCCAUGACACCACAGCCAGUGGAGUCUCCUGGAUCUUCUAUGCUCUGGCCACACACCCUGAGCACCAACAGAGAUGCAGAGAGGAAGUUCAGAGCCUCCUAGGGGAUGGAUCCUCUAUCACCUGGGAUCACCUAGACCAGAUUCCCUAUACCACAAUGUGUAUCAAGGAGGCCCUAAGGCUCUACCCACCUGUCCCAGGCAUUGUCAGAGAACUCAGUACAUCUGUCACCUUCCCUGAUGGACGCUCUUUACCCAAAGAACUCCUUGGAAUCUUCAAUUUGUCUAUCUGGAUGUCUGUGAAGGAAAGAAUGAAGGAGUUUCCUCACUCCCUGAUGACUGACUUCUUUGUCUCUAGCAUAUGAUAGAAGUGGAACCCCACAGCUGUUUUCUGCUGACCUUUUGCUGUGGCUUGGUAUUUGUUCCCUCAAAAACUCAUACAUUUAUGUAAUUUCCAGAGUCACACGUUAAUGGAGUUGGGAGGGUGAAAGCUUUGUUAAUUUAUGUUGAUCUUGGUGGUGCUGUAAAUUGUACAGAAGGAUUCUUGGUUGCUAAGCAUGUGCCCUAGGACUGACCUACUUAUCCCAACCCAAGAUGGAUAAACUUAGCUUGACUAUGUUUAGAGGUAGAUCCACUAGGUAGUGGAUGGAUUAGAUUAGGGUUGGUCUCUCAUUGUUCUAUAUAGUGGAUUCAGAAACAGAAAGAGAGAGACCACAAAGAGAUUUACAGCUGUCCUCACCAUGAUAGGAUGAAACCAAGGGGAGGGAGCGGUUUGAACUUUCAACUCCAAAUCUGUGACUAGAUAAGCAUCUUUUAUUUACAAAGUAGUGUGUGUGUGGGGGGGUGAAAAUUCUUCUCAAGGAAACCUUUGAAUAUGUUAUUUUUACUUUAUCUAUCAAGUACUAUUCACUGGGAUGUACAGGAUAAAGAACCAGUCAGGGUCUAGGAAGAUGUGUUCCUUUUAUGACACAAAGCAAGUGAAAGAGAUCAAUGAAUUCCAUGUGAGUCAUAUGUGAUUCCAUCUCUGAGAAGCACUAGGGUUGAUGGCAAAGAUGAACUGAUCAACAGAUACAAGACCCCUGCAAUGUCAGGAAAGUAACCCUUCUCUCAGCUCAUUAUGUCAAAACCCUAGGACUGCCACUUCCUGCUUUGGUGAUAUGUAAUCCCUCUCUGAAACUUUAGUACCUAUCUUAGUUAGGGUUUCACUGCUGUGAACAGACACCAUGAUCAAGGCAAGUUUUAUAAAAAACAAC